UCUAAGAUUUCCUUUUUCUUUUGUUUAGUUCUUCUCUAGAACAGACCGGUUACUGAAGCACAAACGGACUUGUGGAGAAGCCAUAAAGAAGGUUCUAGAUCCAAACAUGCUGGAGCUCAGUGAAUCGGAGCUAGGCCAAGGCAGCUAUUCACUCUCUCAGGGAAACUCAACCACCUCGGGACGCAAGAGGGGAAAAUCUAAAAACGGCGAAGGUGGGGAACGCAAGAAGAAAAAGAAUGCCUCAGCAGCAGCUUCCUCUGGGGGGAUGGCCCGUGACCUGGGCCUACAGGACUUCAGUAUGGAGCACCCCUCAGGCUCUGAUCCAACGAUGCAGGGGCGUUCCCCAAAAUUGGUCUUUAAGAAAACCGGACGCAAAGGGCUAGACAAGGGCCUCAUGUCCCUGGAAGAUGGUUCAGAUGGACAGAAGCUGUUGGGCCAGAAGCCUGAUGCGAUGGAUCAUGCAGAGGCUUCUGCCCUCGAUAACAUGGGUCUACUUCAGGGGCCUGGGGGCAACAAGCCAGGUCCCACCACCAGCAGCAACUAUGAUGAUGCAAUGCAGUUUGUCAAAAAGCGGCGCUAUCUCCAUGCUGUCAACAAUGACUAUGGAGCUGGGUCUCUUCACAUGGCUUCCCAGGGUAACAACGUAAUUCAGGGUUCUCUGGGGCCGGAGCCCACCCUGGCCAUGCUGGACUCCUCGCCACUUGAACUCAAACACGAUAAAUCAGGCAUUCCAGACGAGGUACUGCAAAGUCUGCUCGAUCAUUACAGCCAUAAACCAGAGGGACCCCACCACGAUGUGACUUUUGACCUGUCCGACCACCCGCACCACGUGGAUCUCCAGCCAGCAGCUCCCGUCACCCCUGAAUUGGAAGAUGACUCCCCCAAUGGGGGUGACAAAACGGCAGUAAUGAGCGAGUACUCCAAAUUCCUCCUACAGGCCUUGGAGCGCACCAGCCAUAGCGGACCCUUCCCUAGCCUCGGCCCAACGGGUCCUUUCCCUCUUCUGUCCAGCAGCUCCAGCCCCACCGGCCCCCUGUUCUCAGACAAACAUGCGUACGGCUCCUCUCCUUUAGAUUGCGUCUACCCGCCCGCCGUCUCCUCUCCUCUGCCCAUUGCUCCCCCUUCGUCGGCCUCCUCUUCAUCCUCCUCAAAGUCACAUUAUGGAUUACUCGUCGGAUCCCCCUCUCAAGCGAGCUACCACCUCAGCCUAGAAUCUACCAGCCACCAGCAGCUGACUCCGUCUCAGGAGCUGACCGAGCAGCUGGAGAAGCAACACUCCCCAGGCACCUUCAACCUCCCGCCGCAGGAACUCACCACUUCCGAGGGCUCAAAGGGGCAGCAGUCGAAGACAGGAGGUAGCGGAGGGGCCUCCAACGGCUCCAACUACCCAGACCUGUCCCCACUCAACCCUCCAAAAGAAACGACGUACCAGAUCGAGAACUUCGCCCAGGCCUUCGGCUCCCAGUUCAAGUCCGGCCGGCGAACCCCUCUGAGCUACGGCAGCGACCCGGGAGCAGAGGUGGACCACAGAAUACGGACUCCAGUGUCAGAAUUCUCAGGGUAUACCAGCUUGUUAGCUGACGUCAGCGAGCCAGUGAGUACAGGAUCAAAAACCCCAACAAGCCAAAGUUUCAGAUAAGGGUCAAACGAGGUGAAGCUCUAAGGGGGGGGCAUUUUUCAUCGCUGUCCACCGAGCCUCCACAGACGCUCCAGUUUUGUUCCUGUAGCAAAGGUUUUUUUUUUUUAUGAACACUGCCAUUAAUUGUUAAUACAAAAUGACCAGGGAGGGUCUUUUAUGGCCUCAAAAUGCAAUUUUUUUUAAAGAUAUUCUCAUUUUUAUCUUGUAGUCACAUAUGUUUUUGUUAAAGAGUAGUGAUUUUUGAUAUGAACUUACCGUAGAUUUAAAUGUAAUUUAAAAAGAAAAAACAUUUAGAGGGUAGCUAUGAACAUGCUUAUUUUUUUCCUCCUUUUUCUGAACUGUUUGUGAUUUUUUUUAUCAAUCAUCAUACCAUUGUAAAGUAAUGAAUUAUGUUGAUGAUUUCAAUAAUAAUAACUUUGUGUCAGGGAAAGGCCCAGAAUUCAAAUGGCAAAAAAAAAAAAUAUAUUGUCUGUUACAAGAAACAUAUGAACUCAGGAAAAUAGGCAAAAUUGUGUAAUAAGACUUUGUAUUUUGAGAUGCAAUUAGCACAGUUUUUACAGGCGUAUUUUGAGACUACAAAGCUUUUUUUCGUUUCUUAGUUAGUUUUUUAUUUUAUUACUUGUAAGAACAACAAAAAUGACAAUACACGGUAAUGUUUGGUUUCUACUGCGCAUAGCUUUGUCGAGAUUAUGGUACUGUUGUCUCAGUGUGAAGACAUCCACAUUUCUAACAGCCGCGUCUGCAUGGAUUUCUAUCAGCUGUAGCAGAGUUGCCCGUUGUUUUUCACGCGGCUCGUUUCGUAUCUAGUUGUUUCAACAUUACUGAGUAUUGUAGCAUCAGGUGACUAAUUUCUAUCUAGAAGUAACUGUGCAGGAUGCAACGAGCAUUGAGAUGGCGAUCUUUUGAUCAUGCCGUUUAUUUAGUUUUUUUUUUUUUUUUUUAAAUAAGUCACCACUUUUCUACUCCACUCCUUGCUGUUCCUUGUGUCAAUGGAAUCAAACAAGCACUUUUUUAAACAAAUCAUUGGAAACAACAAUAACCCGUUCAAUUUGCAUAUGUGAUCGUGAUUAUUAUGCUAAUGGUUAUUGCUAUUUUUAAGAGGAGAAAACUGUGAAAGGGAGGGAGGGAGGGUUGAUGGGAGGGUCGGCCAAGUGAUUUGAUAAGGGUUUGGCCGUGGGCAUUUAAGGGUAUUUUGUGCUUUUUAUUUUGAGGGGUAGAUUAAGAGGGAUAGAAUGGGUGGGAUUUUUUUUAUUUUUAUUUCCGGUUUUUCGGGUGAUGUAAAAAGACAAUUUGCCAUAAUUUUGUUAUACAAUAUUUUGAGAGUACCUCUUUGUAUUUAAGUGUUUUUGAGAGUUGGGCUGACAUGCUGGAUCCCUUAUACGGGUAUGUUGGUUACAUACCUUUCUAUUUAUUUACCAAUAGCAUCACUCAAACUGACUUUGUAGCAGAUCCUUUUAGGCAAAUAAUCACGGACCUACUCCAAAUCCUUCACCUCUUUGUUUUUGUUGUUGUUUUUAUUCAUUACAAGAAGCGGUUUCAGUAACACGGUCCAGAAAACUCCAGAUUAAUCCAUCUCCCAAACCCAAAAUGCAGCCCUGCACUCACAAGAAUAAACAAUGGCCUUCUUUGUCUUCCUUGGCUAAAGCCAAUCUGUCUGGCAGCCAGGGUUGAUAUUUAAUUUAGUUGAUUUCCUGUGACCCCCCCCCCUCUUUCCUUCCUUUUCCCCUGUCUGUGAGUACCACAGCUCCGCCAGAGACUUCGAAGCUGCUCAGAUCAUAUGGAACAAAGACUUACUGACCAGCAACUUCGCUCCAAACACACUAUGCUUUUAAAGAAGAGAAAAAAAUGAGUGGAUGAGAUGGAGGGGAGAGAAAAAAAAAGACAAAAAGAUUGACCUAAAUAUACCUCAUAUCAUUAAAGCGUUAAAGGAAAAAAAAGCAGGGACACGCGUUGUAUGUAGUGGACAUAUUUGUAGUAUAGGUUCGACAUAUUGUAUAAUCAUUUAACACUGCCUGUGUUUACAGUUUUAGAGCAAACGACUCAUCAAAAUGCAAAUGUAUUAUUUUUGUUUUCUGUAAAAAAAGAAACAUCCACGCCAAGCAGUGUUGAAUUAUAGAUGCCUCAUAGAACAUUCUUCUCAUUAUAUCCCUUAUUUUUGUUACUUGCCAUAAUGUGUUUUGAUAUGAUCUCUAGAAGGAUAUUGUUUACAAAAUGUACAAAAACACUAAAAAUCUGUUUUGUUUUUCCAGUUUGCAUGAAAACAUUUUUGUACUGCUUUUUUUUUUUUUUGUCACCUCAAUACCAAAUUUUUGUAGCAGAUCUUCCCCCUCUCCCCAGUUCCUGUCUUAUUUGAUCUAGAGUCCUUGUGUCAUGAUUUCCAAGGCAAUACCUGUUGAGAUGAACGGAUUUGAGAAGCCAAUAAAAACGUUUUGUU